CUAUUGUCACAAGAGGGCGCUGUUAUCAAUGACGAUAAAUAAAGGUAAACAAUAGUUUUGGCUGGCAUAAACCACAAACAAUCACGGCGACUGGACUUGUUUUGCACGAUCCUCAUGAUGCUGAACUUGCUGGUGAUUUUUUUUAUUAAUGGAAAAUUAUGAUCUGAAAGAAUAUUUCGGAGACGUUUAGAUACUGUACAAGCAGGCUUAAAAGAUUUGAGACCUGAGAGAUGAAACAACGACUUAAAUUGACCUUUUAUGCAAUGAUGCUGACGGUGUUCUUACAGUGCCAGAAAUCAGUCCAUUACUGCUUUGCAUUGGAAACUCACUGCAUAUUUGAUGACAUCCAGUCUGAUGUUGUCAGCACAAGCCCUGUCAUGUAUAAAACUGCGAGGGAUAAAAGGUCCACUGAAGAUCUGUAUCAGCCAAUCAGGAUAAAGGCUAACAUCAAAGAUCCUGAAGAAGUUGUUGAUACAUCUGAUGUAGAGAGAUUAAAGACAAUUGUGAAUGGAGCAAUUUCCAUCAUCCGUAACAUCUUGUUAGUUAUACCUGUUGUAGGUCCAUUGCUAAUGACCCGAUCUGAAGCAUGUCAGCCAUUUUCCACUGGUAUUAAUACAGGAAAGUGUGCUGUACAGUCCAAGGGCUAUAGAGGUGAAAGAUGCUUUGGUGAUUUGGACAAUUUUGUGAUACCUGAUGAGCAUUUGGAGGGUCUGUGGCUAUGGAAUGAAACUCAUCCAGAACCAAUCAACCAGAUUUAUUCAAAUGGAUCAGGACUUGCCGAUACUGACACAGUUGUAUACGUUAAGGCAGAACACACUGGACAGUGUGGGUUGGGGCAAGUUGCAGCUUACGCUGCCUACUGUAAAGUAGAUCAGAAUAAUCGACCCAUUGCAGGCAUCAUUAAUUUCUGUCCUGAGCAUCUUCAAGAUGACUUGUUUGAUGAAUCCAAAUUCAUUUUGCUUGCAGUACAUGAAAUAUUUCAUGUAUUGGGUUUCUCAUCUUCCUUAUUCAGCAAAUUCAAAGUCUGCACAGAAACAACUAAUGAUCAUGAAUGUACUAGUGGGCUUUGUCCUGCUGUUGAUGAUUCACAUGGACAACCUCGACUGGUAACCCCAUCAGUAAUUGUACAAGCUCAGAAGCAUUUUGGCUGUCAAGAAACUUGCUUUGGUGGGCCUCUUGAAAAGACCAGUGAUGGAUAUUCCUCGCACUGGGCUACUAGCAUGAUGUUUGGCUCUAUUAUGGCACCAGUUGUUGAUCAGCCACACCGGACUUUUUUAGAUAACUUGACACUUGCAGUUUUUGAGGAUUCAGGCUGGUACAAAGUGAACUUUGAUUAUGGAGAAGAAAUCUUAUGGGGGAAAAACCAAGGCUGUGAAUUUGGCAUACAGCCCGGGUGCCAGACCAUGCAAAGUCCAUUCUUCUGCAAUCAUAGCUGUUCUGGUUGUCAUUAUGUUCACGAAGACAAAGCCACAUGUUCUAUCAUCAAUGAGGGGGAUCAAUGCCAGAUAAUGAAGGCUAGUCAGCAGUGCUCAGUUCCAGGAAAUGGGUCUAUAUCGGUAAAUGGUGAAGUAUUCCAUGAGAAUAGUCGAUGUUUUGUCAGCAAUUUAGUCAUCGAAGAGAGUAUCCCAUGUGAUCUAAGAGGAGCUUGUUAUCUUACACGAUGUGACAACCAGUCUAUAUCAUAUGAGGUUAAAGUAGGUCAUGCUGAAUGGCAGCCCUGUCCACAGAAUACUUCUAUAACAAUUGUUGGUUAUCUUGGUUCAGUUCGCUGUCCAUCUGCUGAAGUAAUCUGUAGACAGGCAACUUCAAUUCUUGAUCUAGUUGAUACUGUCUGCCAGGACUGCUUGAUGACAACACAUGCAACAACCUCAAUAACAGAAUCUUUUUCAAGUUGCAACAACUCUACAGCAAUAAUUGAAGACAAUCUUUGUAUUAGUUUGGAGUUGGAGGCGGUAGACACUUCCAUUUUGGCAGCAGGGAAUGAAUUGCUAGCAUUCAGUCAGGCUUUGAUCAGGACAAUAUGUGACACCACCAGUAUACACGAAAGUCGUAUAUGCCAACUUGAUGUUACUGAAGGCAGAGAUUUCAACACGAUUAAUGUGACCUUUUACAUAACUCAAGAAUUUCAAGAGAGCAAUGAUAUUCCUGCACACGUCGCCUACUUUGAUCUUCAAGAAGCCAUCAAUUCUAAUAGAUUACAAGUGGAGUAUUCAAACAUUAAGUACACUGCCAUUACUAUCAGGAUCCUGAGUGGUUUUCUACCUACAACAGUUAUUCCAACAGUGAUUGCAACAAGUGUCGAAUUUCACACUGCAGUAAUUGCUUUAGGUGUGUGUGUGCUUGUAUUCAUAUUGAUAUGUGUGACUGGAUGUGUCUGCCACAGAAUGAAAAAUAUUACAAAUGCUAUUAAACCUUCCGAUUUUGAAUCCAAUGGGAUUGUGUUGGCCGAUCAGCAAGCACCAAGGGUAGCUAAUAAUUAUAAAGUAAAAGACUCACAAAGAAGAAUUAUGUUUAGCCAGCAACCACAAUAGGUGUAAAGAGGGUAACUAACCCUAUACUAAAAGUUUGAAUAAUUCAAUCAAAACUCCAACUGAUUGUUUGGAGUUUUAAAGGGACACGAUAGUGACUAUUGGCACUUUUGCUCCUCUUUUUGGCAAGUUGGUCUUUGAAAAGCAUUUGUUACUGUUUGUUAUGAAAUAUGUAUGGUUAGAUAGUUUAAAAGUAUAGUAUAAUAAUCCACACAAACAUGCCUCGAAAAUACGUGGUUUUCCUUGUACAUCACAAACUAACACGAUUGGCCAUUUUAUGGAGUAAAAAUGGGGCCAGCCAUUGAAAAAGUGUACUGUUUUAAAAUGUAAAAUUGUUAUAUUUCUUUAGUUGAGCAGGUAUUAACUUAUUUAUUGGGGGGUUAAUUAACCAAUUUGAUGUUCAGAUUAACAUGGUGCGCAUUUUCUGUUCUGUAAUAUAGUCCAUUAGUAACAUAAACUGCGCCAAUAAAGUAUCUAAACACUUACAAAUGGUCAGAUUUAUCGGAA